AUGCCUUUGAAGGAUCAUAGUCGUAAAUACGACAUCGUGGUAUUUGGAGCUACUGGCUACACCGGUCAUCGUGUCGCCCAGCACAUUGCCUCACAAUUCCCUAUAAAUCUAAGAUGGGCCAUCGCCGGACGCUCAGAGGCGAAGCUCCACGAGAUCGCCCAGGAGUGUGAGAAGAUAAAUCCCGACAGGACUCAGCCUCAGAUCGAAAUAUGCAAUCUCAACCAGGAGGAGGUAGACUCAUUGGCAAAGACAUCAUUCGUCCUCAUCACUUGUGUCGGACCCUUCGCCAAGCAUGGAGAGUUCGCCUACAAGGCCUGCGCCAACCAUGGCACUCACUACCUUGACACCACAGGAGAAGCGCCCUUCACAAAGUCCAUGAUCCAAAAGUACGAAAACGCAGCCAAGACCUCUGGCGCCAUCAUGCUCUCGCAGGUGGCCGUGCAGUCCGCACCCGCCGACAUCAUCACCUGGACACUAGCAAAGAACCUCAAAGAGAAGCUCGACGCAGAUACCGGUAAAGUUACCGUCGUCACAUCCAUAGACUCCGCACCCUCAGGCGGCACCAUCGCCAGCGCCCUCUCCUUAUUCGAAACCUUCAGCCUCUCCCAAAUCCGCAACGCCUUCAAACCCUACAACUUCUCCCCCGUCGCAAACCCCACCCGCCGCCCCCGCGACCCCUCCAACUUCCUCACCCCUCUCACAGGCCUGCGCACUCUCCCCGACCUAGGCCGCGUCACCACCUCCAUCGCCAACCGCGUCGACGGCAACAUCGUCGAGCGCUCCUGGGGCCUCCACCAGACCCUGCCCUCUCUGAGGGCCCGCGUCGCUUACGGCCCGCACUUCUCCUGGGCCGAGUAUGCUUCUGCUCCGAGUGCAUUGCAGGGCGCGGCUGGACACCUCGGUCUCAUGGUCGGUGGAGCGGUUCUUACUCUUCUGCCGCCCGUGAGGUGGCUUGUUAAGAAGUUCGUGUUUGCUCCUGGUUCGGGUCCGAGCGUUGAGGCGGCGAAGAAUGAUUCGGUUGUGUUUAGGGCUGUUGCCGAGCCUGAUCCCCCGAAGGAGGGGAAGAGGGCUUUUGGUCAGGCUGAGUACCAUGGAAGCAUGUAUACUUUUACGGCCGUGCUGAACUCGCAGGCGGCACUUACGAUCUUGGAGGACAAGCUUGACUUGGAAGGCGGGUGUUAUACACCUGCAUGUCUGGGCCAAGGGUACAUUGAUAGGCUGGCUAAGCAGGGAUUUGCCAUCAAAUCCGAGAUUCGAGAAUAG